CCAAAUUUUCCUAUCAAAUUUUAUACAUUCUACCGUUUUGAAACAUUUCGCAUCCUUUAGUUGUUGUUUUGCGAAUCGCAGAACUUCUGCUCUUCUCCCGCCGAUGGUCGAAUCUUUUAAUUACUUUUGUGCUGGCGUUAACAAAAAUAUUUAAUCCAGAAGAGAGGUUAAGUGGUCCGCGCAAAUCCGCCAGUUUCUUCUGAUAUUUGUUUUCCCUGAAGUUUGUACAACUCUGUCUUUCAGUUUGCAAGACACGGUGCUCGGGAACUUUCUGCCCGUGAAGUUUGUCGCCUUCAGAGAGAGAGUCCGUUUUUUCCCCGCACAGUGUUGUCGCCUUCAGAAUGGCGAAGUGGUGAUCGGAAAAUUGUACUGAGCAGCAGUUCAGUAUGACACCACCUCUGUUUGUGAGUGAAACUGCCUGUGCCACAUGCACCUGGAUCGGUGGUACUCAAGAUUCGGAAAUCUCAUUCGUUCCAAAUAAUAAUGUCUGAUAACAGUGGCAUAACCUGCGAGUAGCAGACAGCAUACGUUCCGCUCCCCUCCCCUCCCCUCCCGCUCUUCCCCCACUUCCCACUCCCCCACUCCAAUCGGUGUUUCUCUGUGUUGGCGGCUAUAUGAUUCAAAAGACCAUGGAUGUAAACAGUUGGUCAAGGCCUGCCAAGCUAGCCACAUCUGGCUGGGCUUUAGUCAUGGCAAAAGUGCCACAUGUUGACGUACAUGUGGAACAGGAGAAUCUGUAUGAUGGGGCAGCUCAGGUCAUCGCCUCCAUCAGGCCCAAAUGGAAGUUGAGUGACGUGAAAUACAAGCUUUUCACGGAUGGCAUAACCAACAAGCUGAUCCACUGCUCCGUUCCGGACGAUGUGCUCCUCAUCAGGGUGUACGGCAAGAACACGGACCUGCUGAUCGACCGCGGCGCCGAGACCCGCAACAUCAAGCUGCUGGAGCGCGCGCGCCUCGCGCCCCGCCUCUUCGCCACCUUCAACAACGGCCUGGCGUACGAGUUCGCCCCGGGCGCCACGCUGGACGCGGCCUCGGUGCGCGACCCCGCCGUGUUCCCGCUGGUGGCGCGGCGCGUGGCGCAGCUGCACGCGCUCAGCCCCGAGGAGGACCUGCUCAUCCAGCCGCACCAGCUGCGCCCCGUCCUCUGGGACAUCCUCGACAAGUACCUGUCCCUGCUGAGGGACGGCGCCAAGGCCGGCGCCCAGGAGCAUAGAUUUUCACAAGAUUUUGGAGGACUAGAACGUCUUGAGUCAGAAAUACGAGACCUUCAGAAUCAGCUGUCACCUUUGGGCAGCCCUCUGGUCAUGUGCCACAACGACUUACUGCUUGCCAAUGUCAUUUUGAGUCCAAACCGUUCAAACGUUGUGUUCAUCGAUUACGAAUAUGCAGGUCUUAAUUACCAAGCAUUUGACAUUGGUAAUCACUUUGCUGAGUUUGCAGGUGUUGCCACUGUUGAUUACACAUUAUAUCCUGAUAAAGAUCUUCAAACAAAGUGGUUGGAAAUAUAUUUGGAAGAAUACAACAAGUUACAAGUAGGAAAUAACACUUCCACUAAAGUAAAUCGGAAAGAUGUGGAACAGCUCUACGUUCAAGUUAAUAAAUUUGCUCUAGCUUCACACCUUAUGUGGGGUUUAUGGGCAUUGGUACAAUCCGAGCAUUCAGCUAUUAAGUUUGAUUUUUACGAAUAUGCUACUAUUAGGCUAAAAGAAUACUUUGCCAAGAAGAGCUUAUUUCUCUCACUGGAGAUAAGUAGCUGAUCCAAUAAACAAGCACCAGUGAGUAUAGCAAAUAUUGGAGCUCAUCUACAUUCAAGCUCUCUCGUAGUCAAUAGUAGACUCCUUAGAUAGGGUAGCCAAACUCAAGUAGGUAAAUCAAAUUUUUACUAGGUAUUUCAAUGCAGUUGGGAUUUUAAUCGAACAACCAGUGUCAUAUUUUUAUUGUUUUUAAACGUGUUUUAAAAGCAGCUGCAUAACAUGCAGUAAGGUUUUUAAAGUCCUUUUUCUCUUUGGGAUUUUAAAUGAUAAUGUAUUGCUACAUUGUACUGUAAAAUGCAAGUCACUUUACUGUUCUACAUUCCCAGUGUAAGUAGACUACAGCACCUUCUCGCUAAAGUGAUCAAUGUGGAUGUAAAAUUUUCCCUUUAAUUGACCUUUAGAGGGAUUCUCUUUAUACCCAUGUGUACACCUUGGGUGAGCGUGUAAUUGUGAUAUAUUUACAAAACGUCAAAGCUCCAUUCCUUCAUGUAUUCUAUCUGUGUUAAUGUAAGUGUUUGUGGGAAAGUUAUUUUUCCUUGUGGUUAGUUCAUAGGUCUUCCACUAAGUUUACUGGAAUGGUAAAAUAAUUUUACAUAUUCACUAUUUCAGCACCCAUUAAAAAUUUUAAAUGACAUCUAUGCUUUUCCUAAAAUUGACACACAUUUGACUGACUAUUGCCAUUCCUAUGAAUCAAGCAUCUUCUUUAGUUUUUUUUUCUUUUUUUUUUACUUCUCAUCCACACAUUGUUUCUUCUUAAAAGAGGAACUUUUCUCAACCUGUCUGGGAAAUAUUCCAAAGCUAUUCUGUAAGUGUUAAAAGCCUGUCUUAAACAGCAUAAUAUAAAAUUUAUGCUCUGUUAUAACUUUACUCCCUAGGUUUAUGCAGGAAGUGCAAACUUUAUUUACUUGUUGUUUGUUUUUGUUGUUUUACUGAAUGAUCAGGAUUGACCAAUAUUAUUUCCAUGUUAUUUCUUUAUAGUUGCAAAGUAUAGUUCACUUUGUACUUCCUACAGCACCUAUGGUUAGAUUCCUGUAAAAUUUAUUGGUCUUCCCAUAUUAUUUGUAGUAGUCAUCGAUGCAAGUAUUGUGGUGUUCCGGUAUUGGAAAUAGUGAAAUUUGGUUUGUGGGGCAUAUCAUGGACAUUUGUGUAUUUCUUUUAUUCUGUUACAUUCCAAACAAAGGAAGUUAAGGAUUACUGCUAUUUACUUGAGUCAUUUUUAUUAGUGAGACAGACAUAGAGGUGGUAUGGUAGUUUCCUCUAUUGGUAAAUGAAACCAGUGUCUAAAACUCUGUGAUAAUCUAUUGUAUUUCUUCACGUACUCACAUUCUAUUCUUUAUUGAUUAUUGACUUUACCGUGCGUUGCAGCAAUUUUAGAAACGUACUAGUGUUUUUAUAGUCCACCCUGCUAGGUACAAGGAGACAACACGGACCAUAUUAUGAAUCAUAAAAUGUUUCUCUUUAACCUUCCUCUUAAAUGCUUUCAGUUUAUUCCUUGAAGAGUUAUAUUGGAAUUUCUAUGACUUGUGUCAUACAUUUUCAAGCAAUGUAUUCUUAUGCUUUAUCCCAAUUGUAUGUUUUCUGUGAAUUCCAUAAAUGGUUUGUUUAAUUAUUUGAAUCUAAAUAAAAUUAAUUGUGUUUGAUGAAUUUUUGGCAUGGUCAUAGUGAUUUUGUAAAAUUGUGUUUGUCCUAUUUAUUUUAUUGGUAGUAAAAGUAUUGCACCCCUGAAAGUUCUUUGUCUCAUUUUGUGAGCAAAUCUAUGUUCUUGUUUCUAUUUUGACAAACUUUGCACCUAAUAAACUUGAGAGAAAUAAAUGACCAAAAAAUUGAA